AUGAGUCGGCUGCAAUGCAUCGCUAUUCUCGGCCAAAAUAACGCGCCACUCUAUUUGGGCGUGGAUCCUGCAGUGGACGGAGAAAACACCAAAUGGUUUUUUUUGGCGCACGGUGCGUUGGAUAUGGUUGAAGAGCAUUCGAAACAGCAUACCGACCAGUACCUGGGGCUGCUUAUGUCUAUUGAGGACAAUGCCAUCUACGGGUAUCUGACCAAUACACGGAUCAAGUUUCUCCUAAUGCUCCAGCAGAGCGAGGAGCCUGGACCGGACGCGGACAUCUUGCCAGUUUUCCGCGCAAUUUACACGGCGUACACGGCAUACAUGGCGAAUCCGUUUGUCGACUGUAAUGUACACCUGCUGCCGGGCUACGAUCCGGAAGCGGGUCUUGCUACACCACGGCCGUGCGCGCCGAUUCAAAUGCAGGGCGGCGCGCGGCCGAUUGAAAGCCCUCUCUUUGCGAAGCGCAUUUCCGAGAUUGCAGGAUGGGGUGCGCGCGGCGACGCGCGUGUGCAGGAAGCGUAG